GGCGGGGCGCGGGGCGGCUGAGCGCGGCCGGCCGCGGGAGCCGGCGGGGAGAGGCCGCGGGGCAUGCCAGCCGCCCGCCCCGAUGUUUCCCUGGAGCAAGUGGAAGAAGAGGAUGGGAGCGAGCGCCUCCUCCUCCAAGAGACCCGUCUUCGACGAGCGGGAGGACGUGAACUUUGACCACUUCCAGAUUCUCCGGGCCAUUGGGAAGGGAAGCUUUGGCAAGGUGUGCAUCGUGCAGAAGAGGGACACGGAGAAGAUGUACGCCAUGAAGUACAUGAACAAGCAGCAGUGCAUCGAGAGGGACGAGGUGCGCAACGUGUUCCGAGAGCUGGAGAUCCUGCAGGAGAUCGAGCACGUGUUCCUGGUGAAUCUCUGGUAUUCCUUCCAGGACGAGGAGGACAUGUUCAUGGUGGUGGACCUGCUCCUGGGAGGGGACCUGCGCUACCACCUGCAGCAGAACGUUCAGUUCACUGAGGAGACAGUCAAACUCUACAUCUGUGAGAUGGCGCUGGCCCUCGACUACCUGCGCAGUCAGCACAUCAUCCACAGAGAUGUAAAACCAGACAACAUCCUCCUCGAUGAACAAGGUCAUGCCCAUUUAACAGAUUUUAAUAUUGCAACCAUCAUUAGGGACGGUGAAAGAGCGACAGCAUUGGCUGGGACAAAGCCAUACAUGGCCCCGGAGAUUUUCCACUCCUUCCUGAGCGGCGGGACGGGCUAUUCCUUCGAGGUGGACUGGUGGUCCCUGGGGAUCAUGGCCUACGAGCUGCUGCGGGGCUGGAGGCCGUACGACAUCCACUCCAACAACCCCGUGGAGUCUCUGGUGCAGCUCUUCAGCACCGUCAGCGUCCAGUACUCCUCAGCCUGGUCCAAGGAAAUGGUCGCGCUGCUGCGGAAGCUGCUGACGGUGAAUCCUGAGCACCGCUUCUCCUGCCUGGCGCACAUCCAGGCCUCGGCCCAGCUCUCGGCCGUGGUCUGGAGCGACGUGUGCGAGAAGCGCGUGGAGCCGGCCUUCGUCCCCAACAAGGGCCGCCUGCACUGUGACCCCACCUUCGAGCUGGAGGAGAUGAUUCUGGAGUCGAGGCCCCUGCACAAGAAGAAGAAGAGGCUCGCGAAGAACAAGUCAAGGGAUAACAGCAAAGACAGCUCCCAGUCUGAAAAUGACUAUCUCCAGGAAUGCCUUGAAGCUAUCCAGCAGGACUUUGUAAUCUUCAACAGAGAGAAGCUAAAGAAGAGCCAAGAGCAGCCGAGCGACUCCGUGUCUGCCUCUGAGACCACCGAGGAGGCCGAGGCCGAGGCCGAGCCCCUGCACAUGUGCAGCUCCGUGUGCUCCUCGGGCAGCAGCUAGGCCAGGCCAGGCCGACCUCACCUGCCCUCAGGUGCGCUGAGCACCCGAGCCCGCCCCGCUGCCGCCGGACAGCGCCGGCAGCUCCCCUUGAGAGCUGGAGCAAGCCAGAGUUCCACAGGACUGCCCUGGGCUGUGGAUCAACAGCUCCCCUUUGGGGCUGGAGCAAGCCAGAGUUCCACAGGACUGCCCCGGGCCGUGGAUUUACAGCUCCCCUUGAGAGCUGGAGCAAGCCAGAGUUCCACAGGACUGCCCUGGGCCAUGGAUCAACAGCUCCCCUUGAGAGCUGGAGCAAGCCAGAGUUCCACAGGACUGCCCUGGGCCAUGGAUCAACAGCUCCCCUUGAGAGCUGGAGCAAGCCAGAGUUCCACAGGACUGCCUCGGGCCAUGGAUCGCCAGCUCAGCUUCUCUUUGGGUCUGGAGCAAGCCAGAGUCCCACAGGACUGCCCCGGGCCGUGGAUCGCCAGCCCGGAGCCGUGCCUGCCCGUGGGGAAAGAUACGGCCUAUGCAACUUGUCAGGGGAGGAGAUCAACUGAAAUAAGUCUUUCUGUUUUAAUGUCAGGCUGCUGAUCUGCACGUUUUUAAUGCAGUGAGGGGACGGGGAAUAAAGCCAUGUCCUUGGGUCCCACGGGGAGCGACAAGGAGCAGGAGACACAGAGCUGGGAGGAGCAGGGAGGAGCAGGGAGGAAGGCCCACGAGUGGCGUGAGUUUGACUGUGGCACUCCCUGUUCACAGAUGCUGCUCAGGGGAUUGUCAGUCCCUGUGCAGACCCGAGCAGCCCCGGGGCCUCUCUGGCACCAGCUCCUGGGGGCCUCCAGCUGCUUGGCUCCUGCAGCACCAGGAUGUCCCUGGCACCUCCUUGUCCCUGUGUCACCUGUCAGUUCCUUUCCCCAUUCAAGGCAAAUAAAUGUUUUUUGUGCACUCCAUGGAUUCUUCAGGGGCUGGGUAAUGGUUCAAGGCAUAUUUGAGAUGCAGAAUGCAUUUAAAAUGUUUUCUUCCUUGACGUGGCUGCUGCGGGCAGUGAGGAGCUGUGGGAUGGGUUGGAGGGUCUGGCUCCAUGUGCCCAGGUUUGGAGGACACACUUUAUCACAGGCUGAGGUUUUGCUGGAGGCAGAGUGGGUGGCCUUGCAAGGCUGCUUGGUUAUAAAAGACAGGAAUAUUGUAUUUCAUCCUUUGAUUUGCUUUAUUUUCACUGUAAAGUACAAGUACUGUAUAUAAUUUGCCAAUACUGUCUUAACUUCUUAAUAAGACGGGAAAUCUUGCCUUGCUCCAGCUGUGGGUGUUGCCUUUCUUGUUGGCAGGGGCCUUGGGUGUGUUAGUUGUUGGACCUGCUGCAGAGUGGGUUUCGGUUGCUGUGGCUGCCCCAAGGCCCUGGUGCCACAGGGCUGCUCUGGUGGCCCAGGUGUGUGGUGGGACCGCAGCCACCAUGGCACCAGCAGCAGCUGUUUGCUGCCAGCACCGGGAGGCUGCGGUGUGUGCGCCCUGGCUGGCUGUUCCAGUGCAGAAAUGGAUGGGAGAUGCUUUGGACAGAUCGGGUUCUGUCAGGACCAGUUUGGUGCAGUUUUUGUUUCCAUGAACAGACCAGAAAGGCAAAUGGUACAAAAUGAUCUUGCACAGGCAGGGACACAGCGUGUGUGUCUCCCACAGUUUUAUGUGGGAAUCAGUGUGUGGCUGCACUUGUGCAGAGACGUGUUUUCAUGGAAGUCUUUAGGGGUGUGCAGGAGGAGGGGAGCUGAAGCUCUGGGUCCAAUUACAUGGUUAUUUUCACAAUAAUUCACAGGAGAUGCUGUCAGGCCCGGGGUCCCUGGUGUCAGCCAUGGGUCCUGCACACCCCGUGCCUCGUUAGGAGCUGUGUCAGUGACAGCUCAGGGGCUGUGGCCAGUCAGUGAGUGAGGGCUGAAAUCAGCUGUCCUCCUGCUCCUUCUCCCAGCUGCAGGAGAGCAGCUACCCUGGCUCUGUGCCCAGGCUGUGCUGGGGGAACCUGCCCUCUCUGCCCCCAGUAACUCCCAGUGUCAUUACUGGGUACCAGGGAGGCGUGAUUACCUUCUCUCCCCUGUCAGAGCUCACCUCUGUGUGCAGGUGGGCCUGGUGCUCUGGCCCCUUUGCUGUGCUGAGCAGCCCCUGCUCUCCCCAUGGGCAGUCUGGUCCUCUCCCCAGCGCUCUGUCUCCAUCCCACAUCUCCCAGCUGGAACACCCUGGCUAUCCUGGCACAGCAGAUGAGGCUCAAACCAUGGAGUUAUUCAGGAGGUAUGAAUUACAGGUGAUUUACUCCAGCCAUGUGGGAAAGGUUUUACAGUGAAUUCCAUUGCACUAUUUAGAAACCUCCUGUAAAUAAUGGCAACAUUUUGGACUAUCAGAAUGAUGAGGAGUGUCACUGAUUUUUUGACCAAACCGCCCCAUAGAUGAGUGAUGAAGAUACAUCAUAUUCAGCCAGAAGCUCUCAGGCCGGGAGAGGUGUGGCAGUUCCAGGACAUGUGUAAUUGAUGUUUGCAUCGCUUUCCUUAGACAAGAGACAAGUGGGCCCUGCGGUGGGGGUUGGUGUGUGUGGGGAGGAGCUGGCUUGCUUCUGAAACGGAGCCUUCUCAGCCCAAGCCCUCCCUCUGUCAGUCACCUGUUCCCCUUGCAGCACCCCUCUUCUCCAGUCGUUGUGCAAAACAGCUCAGUGGCACCUGGCAGAAACCAGGAGAGCUUCUGGGGGGAUGCCAGGGAAUGGCUCCUUCCCAGGGGAAACCCUCUGGGUGGAUCCUGGCUGCCUGGGCAGCACCCCUGGAAGCCAGCAGUGCAUCUCCAGCUAUGUGCUGGGGACACUGUUGAACCUGAAUCCCUGGCAACAGCACCAGGACACAGAGCUGUGGGUCACUGCUGCGUGGGAGAGACACCGUGGACACAUCGCUGAAGUGCUUGGUUUUGGUGGUGAAUUAUAUUUGGGCAUAACCUCGGCAGAGCCCGUGGGGGACAGGGUUUCAUUGACACCUGUUUGCACUCAGUCCCUGGAGAAGAAAUGGCAUGAAAAGAGCAUGUGGAAAAGGGACAAGUGGUAGGAAACAGCUCAGUGCUACUGUCAGAACCCCUGUGGGGGGUUUCAGUGCUCUGGGGCCUCCUGGCCCCUCGUGCCCCACUCUGGGCCCCUCUUGUGUCCCCAUUGCUGUGUCCCUGUAACGAGCCAGUGCCAGCUGAGCCCAGCUGGGUCCUGCUGGCCCGAUACAUCCUUGUGGCUCCUGCCAGGGUGUCCCAUGUCCAGCUCACCCCAUCCACAGUGCAGUCCUGGGGUUUGCUCCCCUCUGCGCCCUGUGCCACUCCCGUGGGUGUUCCCUGUCCCUGGCCACUGGCACAUGGGGACAAAGGAUGGAUGUGGUGCCCAUGGUGGUGCCCGUGUUGGUGCCCUUGUUCUGGCUGAGCCCUGGCUGCUGCUGCUGCUGGGCAAACCUCACAGUGAGGUCGUGACAGAGCCCUGCUCUCACGUCACUAGCAGCUCUGGGCUACACCUCCACUACAGCCAGAGCACAGGAAUUUUCUGUACAUAAAUAUUUAAAUACCUGUAUUUUUUGUAUGACAGGUUUAUACAGUGUGUGCCAUUAUCCGCUGUGAAAAGUCUACAGCACCUAUAAAUUAUUCUCUUUUAAUCACUUGCCAUGAGAUUGUUUUCUUAUCUCUGUUGUGUUACAAGAUUUUGCAAAGUUGCAUAUUUUUAUGUGUUUGCAUUGAAUUCCACAGCCUUCACUGGGAAUUUUGUGCAGAAGACAAAUGGCAAGUCAGGUCCUGAUGUUUCCUCUGUUGCCAAUUCUCUAUUACUCCAGAGCUUGCCAAAAAGAGUCUAAGAGUAAUAAAACAAUAGCAAAAGUACCAGUAAUAUGGACUUGAACCUGGACAGUGCUGAAAUUCUGCUGCCUUGGGAGGGAUUUUUUAAAAAUUAUUUCGGUGCAGAUAUAUGUAAAUAUAUCUUUGUAUUUUAUGUUAAUACAUUCCUGUAAUUUUCUUGCAUGACAGUUUUACCACAUCACAGAAUAUUUAAGUUAUGACAAGGUUGUGUUUUUGCAGAUACCGUCGGAAGCCAUUGCACAUGUGGAGUAAUAAAUGUGUGCUCUUGA